AUGGCUUCAGAAGAUUGGAGAAAAAUAGAUAUUGAUGCAUUAGAGCCAGAAUACCACUUGUCCGCUGCUGAGCUUGUACCCGACUUACCACAAGUGUCGCAAUCGCAAAUAUCCUCAGUAGCUCAACAAGUGAGGUCGCAAUUAUCUUCGGGUCAAUUCCAACAAGCUCUCGAAUUAGCUUUAGACAAUGCUCCAUACAUUGCUGAUCUGCUUCAAACCAAGGAAUUACAUGCCAAAACCGUAUUUGAAAUUUUAUGUUCGAUAAAGAAUAACAACAAUAUAUCAGAGUUGGGCCAAUUUGUGAAAAAUUUGAAUCAGGAACAACAGGAUACUCUUAUUAAGUACUUGUACAAGAGUAUGUCUGAAUCUUAUGGACAAAAACAAGGUGGGUUGUUGUUGAAUUGGUUUGAGAAAACUGUUGAAGUUACUGGCGUGGGAGCAAUUGCUAGAUACAUGACCGAUAGAAGAACUGUAUAA